AUGAGAUGUUACAAUUGUAAUCGUAGGUGGUUGCGUUGAACUAUCGCAGCUAGAAUAUGUGAACUGGUGGAGAAAUCGGGCUGAUAUCACAUAGAGUGGAAGGAUCUGAAAUAUCUCCACGAGUUCCUCCAGAGCACAGAAUUUCGAGCUUUUCUCCCAUACAUAAAGCCCCAUGUUGCCGGUCCAGCGGGUGCAGAGCUUUAUGAGACUGAUAUCUCAUCAAGAGAUAUUUUAGCGUCGCGAAUAAUUGAUGUCUUCAGAGUCAACAUUCGUGACGAUGCUACAAAAGAAAUUGCUGCCAAAACAGCAUGGGAAGAAUGGAUGAAGGCAUCAGGAGAUGCAAACUUUCUCAGUGGUGUUAGUGUAAACUUGCCUGAGAGAUUGUUUAUAGGAAUGAUUGGUUGGAGUAGAGUUGAGGUAAGUUCUCUGAAAGAUAUCAAAUAAUAUCUGACAUGAAUAGGAACGAGAACGAUCAUUGGCAAAUGCAGCACAUUUGGAAGAGGCCUUUGAGAAAUUGAAUGAUGUUCGAUCAUUGGUUGUCCAGUUCAACACCGCUUCAUAG